AUGGGAAUGGCACGGGGCAGGAGCGAUCACCUGUGGAGCAAGAGCUUCUUUGCCGGCUGUCUGCAGCGGCUCAAGCACGGCGGAAUACUUUCGACACAGCUCGGCGCCUGCCUGCUGCGUCCGGACGGUUUAGCCUUGUCCCCUACUGUGGCGGCGGGCCUGGCCCGGCUCAAGCAGGCCGGCUUCCAGACGGCCCGUGCCUACACAGCUGAGAUCCCUUCGUACGGUGGCCUGGCAGUCUUCGGCAUGGCAAGCAACGGGGCCAGCCAGCAGGAGUCCUGUCUUGCCCUGCUGGCGUCCAGCGCCUGCAGAGUCGCAGGAAGAGCAGAUGCUACCGAGGUCCCUCCAUGGAGGUCCCGUGCCGCAGCGCGUGGCCUGGAAGGGCCACAACCCAUGAAAGGAGUGGCGGAUUCCAUCGAGGCCGCCUUCAGCUUGCCCGCCGCACUUGCUGCAGCCAUCGAUGCGGAUGCAGAUGCUGAUGCCUCUGGACUCGCCACAGAAGCAGAGGAAACUCGCUCGCAGUCUUCAGAACAAGAUCGCCAGGAGAAAAGCUGCAUGCAGCAAAGAAGGAGGCUUUUCUCUUUCUUUCUCUCUAAUGCUGGCUCGACUUGUGUGAACUACGCAGGCUCGGAUCGCGGUCGUGGACCCGCUUACAGUGGCAGCUACGCGCCGGAGGUCAGCCCCGAAGGCCACAGCUACACUCCGCAGGGUGCCCGUACCUGA